AUCACGGAGCGCUUACACGGAAGCGUGCUGCCGGUGCUGUAAUCUGCCUAGCAACCGCGAAGCCGGCUUUAAAGCGGUAAUCUCGGCUCUGCCGCAGGCUGCUUCCCGCUCUCCGUGAAGUUCGUCUACAACCGUCACGGGCACUCCGGGCGUCGGCUUGUCCGAGGCCUACCACGGACACACCAUGGAGUCCUUACGGUUGGACUCGGGGGAGGAGCCGAUCUCUCCCGGGGAGCUUACCACCGCAAUGACAGACGAAGCAUGUCGGACACGGAGUCAGAAACGGGCACUGGAGCGAGAGGGGACACAGAAUGAUAUAGACAAUAAAAAGAUCAAACUUGAAAAAGGACUUUUGGAAAUAAACGAUGGUGAACUCCUUAUGAAAUCAGAAACUGCAGUAGCAAAAGUACCGGGACUACUAAAGGGUGGGGAAGUGAAAGCUACCAUCAAAGUGGAAGUACAGACAGGGGAUGAACCAAUGGAUAUGAGCACCUCGAAAAGUGACAUGAAGAGAGAAAAGCGGGUCCCUUCUCCAGAUGUGAUUGUGUUGUCGGAUAAUGAACCUUCUAGUCCACGGAUGAAUGGCUUGACCAGGCCAGCAAAAGAGCCCAACUCUGAGGCAUUCUUGCUAUUGCAAAAGAGCAGUCCGGAGGAGCGGGAGAGAGUGAUCAAGCAGCUGAAAGAAGAAUUACGGUUAGAGGAAGCCAAGCUCGUUCUUCUAAAGAAGCUACGGCAAAGUCAGAUCCAAAAAGAGACUGCUCCUCAGAAGGUCACUUCACGGAUCUCUGGCACAGUUAUCCCACCACCCUUGGUACGAGGUGGGCAGCAAACACCAUCAAAACAGUCUACACAGAUAGUUAUGCCAACUCUUGUUAGAGGAGCACAGCCCAUCUCUGUAUCCCCCCACCAGAUUCACAACAUCAGACAGCACCCGAGCACAGGACCACCUCCUCUACUGCUAGCCCCCCGGGCUUCUGUACCUAAUGUUCAAAUGCAGGGGCAAAGAAUAAUCCAGCAAGGCCUGAUACGUGUGGCAAAUGUCCCCAACACAAGUCUUUUAGUCAACAUACCACAAGCAUCCCCAACGUCUUUGAAAGGUUCAGCUGGAACAACAAGUAGUGCCACCAGCAUCUCAUCAAGCAUUAACUCAAAUGACUCCCCUGCCAGCCGGCAAGCUGCUGCUAAGUUGGCCCUUCGCAAGCAGCUGGAAAAGACUUUGCUGGAGAUACCUCCUCCUAAGCCACCUGCUCCUGAGCUUAACUUCCUGCCAAGUGCAGCGAAUAAUGAGUUCAUUUAUCUAGUGGGGCUGGAAGAAGUGGUGCAAAAUCUCUUGGAGACUCAAGGUAAAACCAUACCGGCUCCUUCUUCUCAUGAACCUUAUAGCUGUGCUCAAUGCAAGACAGACUUUACCAGCCGAUGGAGGCAGGAGAAGAAUGGGACCAUCAUGUGUGAGGUGUGCAUGACCUCCAACCAGAAAAAGGCACUGAAGGCUGAGCAUACAAACCGUCUGAAGGCUGCAUUUGUCAAGGCUCUCCAGCAGGAGCAGGAGAUUGAGCAGAGGAUAUUGCAACAGAGCUCCUCACCCGCACAAACAAAGCCAGAACAUCCUGUACAACACCAUUCUUUGAAACAGAGUCCAACACCAAUAUCUCGAGGACUGUCAGGGACCACACGAGGCGUUCUGCACACGUUUCCUUCUACGACCAAGCUGACUAAUGCAGCCACCCUUGCCAACCGGACUGUUAAACCUGGAGAGCGUUCCAUCAACAAGGGCAACAUGGCAUCAGGAAACUGGAAGAAGAGCCCAAUCAAUGCAGCGCCAACAAAUUCCGCAGCGCUGUACAAUGGGAUGAUACCUGCACCUCCAAAAAAAAAAAAUUGUGGUAAAGGAGGAACUUUAACCUUUGUGAAUCCUGGCCUCACUGUGCAUAAGUCGGCAGCUGUGGACCGCCAACGGGAAUACCUCCUAGACAUGAUUCCAUCUCGCUCCCUUACCCAAUCUUCAACGUGGAAAUAAUGAAUGCAGUAAUGACAGAAAAACCAGACACACAAAUUACAUGCGCAAACCCAGAGAACGUGAGAGAAACUAAAAGAGGACAGUUUUCCCCGCACUGUAUCCCUCCCAUUUCCCACCUUCCACCGUGCAUUGAAGGACGGCCCUAUUCCACCACCCUCCCAUUCCUGCUCCUAUUUAUACCAACAGUUCUUCUGCAGAUGGGAAUCUGGGUAGCACUAUUUCAAAGGUGUGGCAGCAUUCCAGAGAAAUCGUGCACAGGAAUAUCGCAGGAUUUAAUUUUUUUUUCUCCUUUUCCCAAACUCCUCUUGACCUUAAAAAAAAAAAAAAAAAAAGCAAAAAAAAAAAAAAAACUUUUUAUGCCUCUGGGUAGACUUGGCUUACAUCUUGAAAUCCUUUACUAUUUCUUAUUUUAAAUGGUGUAUUUUUCACCCUCAAUCUCUCUCUCCUCUCCACUCCCUGCUUUAAAAUGUUAAGUCCUUUUUAAUAGACAAAUAAGUGCUUUACCCCCUUUCCAAUCCCUAAAAGAGGCAAAGUUCUCAUUUCCUGGAGCAUGGUUUUGAGGGUGUAACUGGAUUGAUCUUAAUUUUUUUUUUCUUUUUUCUUUUUGUUUCCGCAUGGUUAAAUAAAUCAGGUCCACUUCCGAUUUUUGGAGGCACAAAUCCAGUCGGAACAAAGAAUUUGUUGAACACAACAGAUAUAGAUAUAGAUAUAUAUAUAUAAAUAUAUACAUACAAAGUUUAUGCCCCAUCUUGGCCUUUUCUACGGACUGUGCAGUAACAUAGAAUUCUACACCUGAAGAAGAAUAUCGUAAUGAAGAGGAUAGAACAUUUUGUAUUUCCUCUAAAACCUGUCUAGCUUGAUUUAUUAAAUUGUUUUUUAUUUUUUCUCUUCAUUGGAUGCAAUUUGUGAAGACUUAGAGGACAAAAUGGUGAUUGGGAGGUUUAUAUGUUAACCCCCACUCUGUUUCUUUAGGAAGAAAAUGCUGCAUUAUUCCAAAAUGUGGUUUUCAAAAUAUUUUCUACAACCCCCAUUACACCUCUCAGUGCACAUAUAACAGGGGAGCAAAGUUGGGACAGUCUUACAUUUUUCAUCAAAUUCCUUGCAUCAUUGUAUUCUCAUGUUCCAUAUUCCAACAGUGCUUCCUCCCUGCUCUCUGCAAAAUCAUGUUGCUAUUUAAGGCAAAGGGAGAUGGAGGAAAAAUAAAUGAAUAAAAAAAAAAAAAUUAAAGUUAAUAAACAUGAAAUCCUCACUUCCCUUAUAAAAAUGUUAAUUUUAA